GUAGCCCCUGGUAGUGGAGCAAGUUACAGGAGGAACGCCCAUAUGUCGACAGGGGCGACAUAUAAUACGGCCUCGAUUCAGAGAACCACCGCUGUUGCCGCUCUCAUCAUCACACCAACUUUGGUCUUUGCUAAAUAUGGCCCUCACACAAUUUCUGUACGACCCAUUCACUGAAUUUGAUCGUCUUUUUGACGAAGCAUUUACUUCACGCUUCCGGCCCGACUCCGACGAGUCUCGUCCUACAGCAAUCCGUCCUAAGAUGGAUCUCGUUGAGACAAAGGAUAACAAGGUCGUGGCGAGGUUCGAACUCCCUGGCAUGGAUCAGCGCGACGUUAGCGUUGAAGUACGUAAUGACCGCCUGACUAUCUCAGGCGAGAAAAAAAUCCAGACUGACGAGGGUCGGUUUGCGGUUCGCGAGCGCUCUUUCGGACGCUUUGCUCGAAACCUGCAGCUCCCUGAGGGAACUAAGUCUGAACAAGUUCAGGCGCAUAUGGACAAGGGUGUCCUGGAGAUCACCUUCCCAAAAGCACCUCCGGAGCAGGAGACCAAAACCAUCACCAUCGAGGCACCGCCCCCGCAGUCGGCCUCUCCUACUGAACGUAGCAAGAAAUAAUUCAAGUCUGGAGAAAUCGAGUCUGCAUGUACUUUUAGCUCUUUUUAUUUGAAUAUUGUAGCACCUUUAGUUUACUGUGUAGGAAACGAUUGUAUCAAUACUAGCCUUGGCAUCUUUUU